UUGAUAGAUGGGCCAAUAAAAUUCACUUUCACCUGCCAAAUCGACGAACGAGAAAGUUUCUAGAGCUCAGAUCUUGUGAAAAGAACCGAAGAGAAAGAAGAAAAGAUGAAACUUGAACGCAAAAAGGGUGUUUUUGAUCCCGAAUUGGCCUCAAUGUCAUUGGACAAUUACUACGAGAAGCACGUGAAGAAGCCGGGCGGCAAGUUCAAGUCCUAUCGUCCUGCGCCGUACGCAUCGCGUUCGCAGGCGCAACUCCACUUCCAGCGGACGCACUACUUCGGCCCCGCCUACCGGCGCAGGCUGGCCAAUCCCACUUCGGCCAUCAUCCACAGCCGACUGGAGGAACUGACCCAUAAUAUCGAGCAAACCAAGACCAUGAUGGCCUUCAAGGUCGUUGUGAGACUUAUCGAGCAUCGUCUACAGCGGCAGCAGCAGGAGGAACUGGAAGCCAGCUUGGCUUCGAUGCCGCCGGCCCCUUCGCCUACUCCUAGCCACGUUUCGGAGGAUCUGGAGGACACGCUGAUCCUCACCAUCGACGACGAGGUGCUGCAGGACGACGACUUCAAGGACAUCCUCUAGAUGUCCUAACAGAAACUUGUAAACGUGGUCAAAACACAAAUUGUACACAGUUUUUUAAUGAGAAAUUGACUUUUUAAUGCAAAAA